AUGGAAGAGUCAGACCAAGAAUACCGUCGGAAGCUUGUUACGCAGCUAAAAGGUAAGUUGUGGUACUGUCUGGAACAGCAGGUAAAAAAAGAGCUCCCGGAAAGCGUAAAUUAUUCUCCUAAAUUCAUAAAUGCCUUAGUUGAGCUAUGUUUUACACAGCUGGUAGACAUUGGAAAUGAUUUGGAGGCUUUUGCUAGACAUGCCGGACGUGAAACUAUUGGUGUAGAAGACCUAAUGCUAAUGCUGCGAAAAUCGCACGAUCUGCAGGAAUUACUGCGACAGAAACUGGAACAAGACCAACCGGCGGCCAGAAGUGCUAAGCGUUGA